AUGGGCCAAACGAAGCGGCGCGAAGGCAAGUCUGCCCGUCCAGGAAAGGCAGCUCUCUUUGGUGGGGGAAGGUCUCAAGAUGUCGCCGAUGGCCAGACACAAAUAAAGAAGGCAGCCUUCGAGAUCACAAAGAAGAAAGAGGUGGGAGUUUCGGACCUCACCUUGCUGAGCAAAGUCUCAAACGAAGCCAUCAACGAGAACUUGAAGAAACGUUUUGAAAACGGAGAAAUAUACACGUACAUCGGUCAUGUGCUGGUUUCUGUCAACCCUUUCCGAGAUCUGGGUAUCUACACCGAUGCUGUUCUGGAUUCCUACCGUGGUCGCAACCGCCUCGAGGUCUCUCCACAUGUCUUUGCGGUUGCCGAAGCCUCUUACUACAACAUGAAAGCCUACCACGACAACCAAUGCGUGAUUAUUUCGGGGGAAUCAGGUGCUGGAAAGACAGAGGCUGCCAAACGACUGAUGCAAUACAUCGCUAGUGUCUCUGGUGGUAGCGACUCCUCGAUACAAAGAACAAAGGAUAUGGUCCUUGCCACAAACCCCCUACUCGAAUCAUUUGGCAAUGCUAAGACGUUGCGGAAUAACAACUCUUCUCGGUUCGGAAAGUACUUAGAACUGGAAUUCAACCAGCAAGGAGAACCAGUAGGAGCUAAGGUUACGAAUUAUCUGCUCGAAAAGUCCCGUGUUGUUGGCCAGAUCACGAACGAGAGAAAUUUCCACAUAUUUUACCAGUUCACCAAGGCUGCUUCAUCAGAGUACCGCGAGAUUUUUGGUGUACAGCAGCCACAAUCUUACGUCUACACGAGUCGAUCGAAAUGUUAUGAUGUGCAGGGUAUUGACGAUCAUGCGGACUUCAAGGAGACGCUGGAUGCUAUGAAGAUUAUCGGCCUUACUAAGCCAGAACAAGACAACAUCUUCCGCAUGCUAGCUGCGAUAUUGUGGCUAGGAAAUGUCACGUUCCGGGAAAACGAUCAAGGUGGUGUUGAUAUUGCAGACCAAUCUGUUGUCGACUUCUUCGCCUAUCUGCUCGAGGUAGACGCAGCUCACGUGAAUAAAGCACUAACCAUCAGAAUCGUGGAGACUGCUCGUGGUGGUGGUCGUCGCGGCUCUGUCUAUGAGUCUCCUCUGAAUCCUGUACAAGCCGUCGCCGUCCGAGACGCUCUGGCCAAAGCUAUUUACUUCAAUCUUUUCGACUGGAUCGUCGCCCGAACAAACAAAUCGCUACAAACCAGAGCGAAGGUUGAAACCACUAUUGGUAUCCUAGAUAUCUACGGCUUCGAGAUUUUCGAGAAUAACUCGUUCGAACAGCUGUGCAUCAACUAUGUCAACGAAAAAUUGCAACAAAUUUUCAUCCAAUUAACGCUCAAGGCCGAGCAGGAUGAAUAUGCUAGUGAACAGAUUCAGUGGACUCCCAUCAAGUACUUCGACAACAAGGUUGUUUGCUCACUGAUCGAGGACAAGCGACCUCCUGGUGUGUUCGCAGCUUUGAACGAUGCAUGUGCAACGGCUCAUGCUGAUUCUGGCGCGGCUGACCAGACUUUCGUUGGCAGACUCAAUUUCCUUUCCGAUAAUGCCAACUUCGAAAAUCGGCAGGGUCAAUUCAUCAUCAAGCACUAUGCAGGUGAUGUUCAUUACAAAGUGCAAGGUAUGACAGACAAGAACAAAGACCAACUGGCAAAGGAUCUGCUCAACCUGAUUGACGAGAGCUCAAACGCCUUCGCACAUGAGCUGUUCCCUGAUCGAGUCAACCAAGAUGACAAGAGACGACCGCCGACUGCUGGCGACAAGAUCAAGCAAUCCGCCAAUGAACUUGUCGAGACUCUCAUGCAAGCUCAGCCAUCAUAUAUCCGAACCAUCAAGCCUAACGAGAACAAAUCGCCAAAAGAAUUUAACAACGAAAACGUGAUGCACCAGAUCAAAUAUCUAGGUCUGCAGGAAAAUGUUCGUAUCAGAAGAGCUGGUUUUGCUUACCGACAAGCAUUUGAUAAAUUCGUCGAAAGAUUUGCUCUCUUAUCGCCACGACUGUCUUAUGCGGGAGAGUAUACAUAUACAGGACCUAUGGAACAGGCAGUCAAGAUCAUCUUUGAAGACACGAGUAUUCCGAAAGAAGAAUACCAGAUUGGUGUCACAAAAGCAUUUGUCAAAUCUCCAGAAACGCUUUUUGGUCUCGAGACAAUGCGUGAUCGCUACUGGCACAAUAUGGCCAUACGUAUUCAACGUGCAUGGCGCAACUACCUCCGCUAUCGAGCUGAAGCAGCCACGAGAAUACAGAGAUGUUGGCGCAAAUCCAAGAUUGGAAUCAAGGAAAUUGAGUUCAGAGACCAAGGUCAUCGCAUUCUGCAAGGCCGCAAGGAGAGGCGCAGAUAUAGUCUCUUGGGCUCGCGUCGCUUCUUUGGAGAUUACCUGGGCGUCAACAUGCCUCGUGGUCCGGGCCAGGUCAUACGUGACGCCAUCCAUCUUGGGGGUCAGGAACGAUGUAUCUUCUCGGCUCGGUGCGAGCUGCUGGUCUCGAAGUUCGGACGAUCUUCAACACGUAUGCCACGCGUUCUGAUCCUUACGCCGAAAUCUAUCUACAUCGUCGUUCAGCAAGUUCUGAACAACCAAUUACAGAUAUCAGCAGAGAGGACCAUUUCCAACGGGUCUGUCAAGUUCAUAUCGGCGUCUAAUCUCAAAGACGACUGGUUCGUCCUUGGCGUUGGCUCACCUCAAGAACCAGAUCCGCUGAUCAACUGUGUCUUCAAGACCGAGUUCUUCCUGCAGUUCAAGACUGUAUCUCCAGGUGGUAUCAACUUGCAACUCGCCGACCACUUACAAUACAACAAGAAACCUGGAAAGCUGGCAACAGUGAAGACUAUCAAAGAUCCAGCUGUUGCUCGGGACGAUACUUACAAAUCAGGUACUAUCCACGUCGGCCCUGGCGAGCCGCCUAACUCGAUCUCACGACCGACACCAAGAGGCAAAGCUGUCGUGAGACCUAUCAAGAGUGGAAAACUACUACGACCUGGUGGUCCUGGUGGUCAGCCCUCCAAAAUGGCUUCUCGACCAAAACCUGCUCCAAGACCUGCACCAGCCGCUGUCCCCGCCACUUCGAGACCUAUACCCACACCUGCUACAGCCGCUAGUCCAGCAGUACAACGGCCGGUGCCUACACCUGCAGCCAGUACUAAUCAGACCAGCAUAUACGCCGCCGUGACGCAACCAGUUCCUGUAUCUGGAAUGCUGCAAACCAACGGGCACCCACGCAACGAAUCAGCUUCUUCAGGUAGACAUGCUCCUCCACCGCCACCACCUCCUCCACCAGCUGCGGCAGCUCCAGUAUCUGACAAACCUCAUGUCAAAGUCAAGUAUGAUUUUGAGUCGCCAGCAGCUAACCAAUUGACGAUCAGGGCGGGAGAAGUCCUCGAACUGUCACAGAAGGAAAAUAACGGUUGGUGGUUAUGUAAGAACCCCAAGACCGGUGCGCAAGGGUGGGCACCAUCGGCAUAUGUAGAGGAAAUCGAGCAGACGAGAGCAGCACCACCUCCACCUCCUCCUGUUGCACCACCACGACCGACACCAGCUGCGGCUCUAAAUGGUGCAGUCGACGGAACGGCCAAAGGCAGGUCGACGCCACCUAUACCGCCAACAAAACGGCCAGUGCCCAGUGGUCGCAAGCCAGCUCCUGCACCACCUCAACGUGAUAGUGCUGUCAGUCUGGGUAAUGGUAGCGGGACAGAUUCCGGUCGAGCUACGCCUAACAGUAUAGGUGGAGGAAGUUUAGCAGGAGGUUUGGCGGAGGCACUAAGAGCAAGACAAAGCGCCAUGAGCCAUAGAAGAGACGACAACGGCGAUGACUGGUGA